AAUCUAUGUGAUCGACGAUUGAUCUGACUGUCCUCACUCAGGACGAGCAAUGGAUGUCAGAGUGAAGUGAGCACCGUGUGUGGAUAAACAUGGAGAAAAAUGUUGGGUCACUACAGGAGCAAGCCCUGAAGAGAAAAGAGAGACUGAAAGCGCUGAGAGAAAAACAACAGCACGUAAGUGUAUUGUCUAGUGGUAUGUAGUUACAAUAAGACGAAACUUAUCGGUAAAACGCGUAGUUUAGUGACUAACGGUAGCGUGAGCUAGCUUAGCUCAUUGCUAACAUUAGCAUCCUGAUGUAGUUCAAUCAAAAUUCUGAGUGAAGAUUUGGCCUUUCUUCUGCAAGAUUAAGUACCAUUCAUGCCGGGAUGAGAAAAAAUUAAGAUAAAAUGACUUUUUCUUGAGUUUUGAGGAUAUCAAGUUCUCUGUUUCGUUAUUCAGCUUACAACAAACAAACGCCAAUCUAACAAUAAAGUGAGGUAACUUUGUAAGGAUCGAUUUUUGAGAAAAUAAUCCAAGGCUUCUUACCAACAGCUAUUAUAUUUUCAAUAAAAAAAUAACUACGUAUACAUUGAUACCCUUCGAUAAGUGUUACUAUUGUAAGAUGAGUAUUAGAUGUUGAAUAUUUCUUAGAUUGUUCCCUAGAAGAGAGUUUCAUAGUCCUGAAGGUUGACUGCCCAAACAUUUCACCACAGACACAUUUUACUAAACCCCAAAAACAUGUUCGAAAAUGCCCCAAAUUUUCAUGAGAUGCAUAAAAAAAUCUCAACAUUUUUUGCAGUUUUACAUCCACUUCAAAGUUUUUGGUGUUCAUUAAUUUUUUGUGUUAUUUGUUGGUGAAUGUGUAGUUGAGUUUCAGGGCUGAAACAGUGAUUUGUGUCUGUAUCAUCAGCUUUUACUUUACAAAUAUCUCAUCAGUUUGGCUGAAAGAACACGGGCUUUAAUGUGGCCUAUAUGGCAGGACCUCUGCUGCCUUACUGUAGGGCUGGGCGAUAUGGGAAAAAGUUUAUCACAAUAAUUUUUUUCAUAUCAGUUGAUAUCGAUAUAUCGCACGAUUUAACAGUACUUAUUGGUAGCAUGUCUUUGGCGAUACAAUAAGCUACCGCAUUGGUGAGGUCUUUGUGUCUCUUCAACGUUUUGUCAUACUGCGUUGCGUUAGAGAAAGCAGACUGAAUGGUCGGCUGUUUCAACUGCACGGGCGCCAUGGGCUCCUUUCUCCACUCGGUGUUAGUAACCUUUUGCACUGUGUGUGCUCUGCCAUGUGGCACUGCUUCAGCUGGUGAAAAAGAUUUGAGGUAUUACCGGACUUCGCGAGAACAUGGUCUCGACAUAAUUUGCAGCGCACAUUACUCUGCUUCAUGUCCGACCUCAAAAAACCAAAAUACCUCCACACCACCACCAUUUUUAUGCCAGUGUUGUCGACAAUUUCGUCAUCUGUUGAGUCUUCAUCUGCAGUUCUGCCGGGGGUAGCACUCAUUUUCUUUUUUUCUCACUGACAGUGCUGUUGGCUUCCUGUGUUAAAGUGCUAUGGUUGCAUGUAGCUGCAGCCUGCUACUACGCAGUUCUUUGCUACUUGGUUCUAAUUCAACACAUGAUUGGUUCAGUGUGAAACGGACCCAGGGCAACUCUCCUUUUUAUCGGCUCUUUGUAUAGUCUACUUAAACACAGCAGAAUGCGGGCUAUCGAAAAGCAUAUUGACUAUGUUUUAUAUUGAUAUCAACGGAAAUAAAUUUACCAUUAUAUAUUGUUAUUGUUUUAUCGCCCAGCCCUACCUUACAGUGAAUAGAAUUAUUUAACAAGCAUCUAGCUUUUGUUUAGUAUUGAAUGAGGAAAGUACAGCUUCUCUUAGAAACACCGCAGAUGUGGGGCAGUCUCUGAUAAAAGGUCUUUGAAUAUAAUGGAACACCAAAAUGUUUUUCAUUUGGGGGAAUUAAGGAAUUUGUUAAAAUAUUUAGGAAACCUUGUGAUUUUGUGGGAUUAAAAUAAUCCAGGCAUUUAAGAAGAAUAUAAAACCGUUUUUUAAAGUUUAAUUUUCACAAAUGUUUGACCUUGAAAUGACUGAGUUUUUAAGGUGUGUUUCAUGUUCUCAAUCAUCUUGGGUUGUGGUUCAGUUUCUUAAAACCCUCAAAAGUUCUCCAAAGGCUGGAAGAAGAAAUACUGAAACUAAAAAAAUUGACUAUAAGACUACAAGCUUCACAAUAUACCAGAAAUACAGUGUGGUGGCCAAAAAAUUCAUUUCAAGUUUUUGUUCUCUUUGCACAACCCAGUCUACAACAUUGUUUUGUCCAUUUACUUCCAGGCUCUGCAGUUAAAAUCUGAAACAAAAGGUUCUUUUUCUGACUUACAAUUCAAGUUUUUUAUAAUAUCCAACCAGAAUAAGUCAUCAUCAACAGAGCAGCAUCCCUGAAGUCAUCAUCAGGACAGUAAUGUAAAAAAAACAAUCUUAAACUGAAUUUUACAUAGAUCACAUAACAGACUCUGUCCUCCUCAGGAGCAGCUUUAAAUCUGUUGGUCUCUAAAUUUAAUCGGGACAUUCCUGAAUAUAACUGCACUCAGAGCGACCUUUGCCUUUUGGUUCAAUCAUGAUUAACACAAAGUUCUAUAAAAUAACUCUUCUUUAUCAGACAGUAAGUUUGAAGUUUUGGUUUGUGUCAUGUCAAUAGAUCUUUUUUUUAUGUAAACAAUAAAGAUUUCCUCUUAAUGCCCUGACUAUUACAGUUUCACCUUUUGUAAAACCUGAACAACAUUUUCACUCAGUAAAGAUUAGUGACAUAAGUUAAGUGAAAUAGUUCUGAUUUUAUCCACUUUUUCAAAAAACAUAAAACUACAAGAAAAUAACACAUUUGAAUUGUGGCGUGAAUCUGCCAGACAUUUACUUUUGAUACUAGAAUUGGCAACAUAAAAUUAAUGAUAACACAGAGACAGUCAGGGGAUUUUGAGUUUCUAACACAAGCGGUAAAGAGCAUCCUGUGCCACACAGUGGAUCAGAGGUCUAGAUGACCUGCCAGUAAAUCACAUUUUUUCUCUUCAGUAAGAAAAAGGUGAAUGUUUGCUGCCGUCUUUUUGAAAGAUGAUCAGAAAUACGUAAGAAAAUAUCUAACAUCAGUGAAAAAAAAUGCUCCUUUCCUCUCUCUCUCUCUCUCUCUCUCUGUCUCUCUUUCUCUCUCUCUCUCUCAGUUAAAGCACAAACUACACAGUCACUCUCUUUCUUCCAUGUGUUCAUGGUAUGAAGCCUGUUCAGUGUUUAGGCCACUGUUUUGGCGCGUAGUCCACUCUGUGUUUAAGUAAGCUGACGUUGAAAACAGAUACACUGGCUUGGCUAACAAUUUUUGAUCAAUGACUGUUGACAUUCCUGAAGCCCUGUUUUUUUUUCCUAUUGUAAGGCGCUUGAGUGUGAGUCAGACUUCUGAAUUGUUCUAGCAGGUGGACAGGAAGCCUCUUCAGGAAAAUGCAAGUUGGGAGGGGUUUGAUAUCCAUUGUUGCCACUUUUCUCUUGGGCUCAAUAUGAUCUUUUCUGGAAUUUCUGCUUGCUUGUUCCAUAUUUAGUUUGCUAACAUGCGGGCAGUUAUGUGUAGGUUAAAGUUCAAAUGCUUCCGGCGUAAAACAUCAGCUCUUUUUUAAAGCUAUUCUUGAGACAUAAAAAAGUUUGAUACUUUGUCAGGGUGGUCUAGUGUGUGAUCUCAACUGCUGUGUCACUAACAGUGUCUAUACAAUGACUCAGUGAAUCAUUAAAGCAGAGUAUAGCCUUUAAAGCUAGCUCCUCAUUGAAGAGUGCUGUUUAUACAGUGAGAAUAUUGGUUAGUUAACUUGUUUGAUUUUCUAUUAACAGGGGCGAGAUGACGAUGAAGAGCCAGACAAGAAAAAGGCCUCACUGGAGGAGACAACUUCAGAGAGACACAGGUUGGUUCAUCACAGCACCCACAGAAAUAGCUGUUGUUUAUUUUCUUUCUGGGCAUGUCACUUCUUCUGUGAUCAUUCACUGUGACUCCUCUUUGAGCUGCGACUUUACAAACAGGACUGAAACUGAUCUGGAAGUACAUCAUCACAACAUUAGAGCAAAUAUCUGUCCUUAUCUGAACACCAUCUUUUUGUAACACAGAGCAUGUCUCAGUUCAGGUUGUGACAGUGUUUACACUAGGUUGGAUCACAGCCCUGUGUUAAUAGCUGCUCAAAUAUCCUGCAGCUCACCCGACUCUGUGUUACUCAGUAGGAAAGAAGCAGCCAUCUUUCCUGUCCUACAGGACCUUUUUUCCAUUGUUUAUAUUUAAUGACUUUGAACUGACAGCACCGAGGGAGUGCCGCUGUUUUUCCUCCAGUUCAACAGGACAGGUCUCUCUUAUGAGCAUGAAAAUAGCUGUGGAGGUUUAAGGCCUGUUUUUGACUGUAGAGAUAAAGGUCAGGGUUGAAUCGUUUUUUAAGUUUGUGUUUUUUUAAGUCAAGACACUCAUUUGUAGCAGGACGAGAGUUGUGUGUCUUGUGAAUGUAUUCAAUUUCAUGAGCGGUCAGAUGGCCUAACUAAACCAUGAAGGAACACAACAAUCAGCAUGUUUAAGUUAUUCAAUUUCAAAUAAACAAUAGUGAACAUGGCAGGUAGCUCAGUAUCAAACACUCAGACAUUGCUGCUGCUCCUCCUCUGGCCCAGUUCAUUGUAAACAUUUUAAACACACUUUGACCAGCGAUCUGAAUUUAUCACCCACUCUCUUUGAUGUGGCAGUUUGCUCAGAGUGGACGUGUGUAAACACACUUAGCGUUUGGACGUGUUCAGCCAAAAAACUGAAGAAAAAGGAGUGAUGUCAGACUCCAAAGGCAGAAAACUAACAUGAAGAAGUUGCUCAUCCUUUCCUGGUCAUUAGUCAUGGUGGGACUAAGGGAGAUUUUUUUAAUCCAUUCUUCAUCCAUUUUAAAGAAAUUAAAAAUCUUGACAUUUACCAACAAGGUCUGAGAAAUUAAUUUUUUUUAAACUGCUGACCUUUGUUCAUCAUUCAGCAUCUGCUGCAUGUUCUUCUAACCUUCCCUUUAUGUCCAUAGUGAGAGAUUUUAGAUGGGAUCUAUAUUUCUAGUGGCCUUGAUAUGUGUAAAAGUUUUAAAUACUCCUUAUUUACUACCAUACCAUAAUUACUGCAAAAGGAAUAAAAAAAUUUAAUGUUAUCUUGCACUGAGAGCCAAAACAUGUCCCACAGAGGACUUGUUUUUGAUAGAAAUAUCAAUUCCUGAACAAAACAUAAACAACUCGACACUGAGCAUGGAUUUUUUCUGAUUGCCUUUGGUGUUUUUCAGGCCUUCACCCUCAUCACCUCUUGCUUACAGUCACUAUAUUUCAAAAUACAGCACAAGCCAUUCACUGCGACAGUGCUGUGCUGAAUGCAGUUCAUAGAGUUAAAUUUGGCAUAUAAAAAUAAUAUCUAUGAUCACUUAAUUCUCGUCACAUUUCUGUUUUGAAUUCAUGAUUUAAAGUCAUUUUAUGAAUAGAAAAUUCCCACCACCAACAAGUUCAAAGGCAAGAAACCAUUCAGAAACUGUCCAAGGUGAGCACAAUUUAUUAAACGCUGGGAACAAUUGGGGUCACAAAGUCAGGGAGCAAAUGAUGUCAGAUUGAUUUGCCAAGUUUUGCUAAUAUUAACUGGUCUAGCACCCCCAGUGUUCAGUACUUCUAGCGUAUUAAUAUCCACAUCUAUGCAGGUUAUGAAUUGCUCCAGCCCAGUGAUUGCAUGUUAGUUUAACCAGACACAACCUACAUACAUUUUCAAGUUUACAUACCACAUCAAUGCGGUGCCCUCCAGGAACACCAGCUGUCUUCUGUGUGUUUUUACAUCCACAUGUUCAUCAUAUGUAUCAAAGCAUUAUAUAGCAUUAUAGAAGUGUUUAUUUACAGGAGCCACAGCCCCGGCUCGUGGUCCAUGUCUGCACAACAGCUCUGACUUGACAUACAUGACUGACAUUUUAACCUCACAAUAGUGUAAAUAUUAACAUUUUAUUUAGCCAGCUACUAAUUCCUGCGCUGACGUGCAGGGGUGACAAUAUUUAGUUGUUUUGUCUACUAAACAUUGUGAUAUAGGAAAGCUUUCUGGCUGUCAUAGAUGAAUCAAAAUGAUGUAACAGACUUUUUCAGGGGCAAUAAAAGUGGAGUAAGAAAUCUAUUAAUGGAUGAGGUUGCUACAGACUGAGCAACAUUUUCAAGAUUCAGGAGAUGUGUAAACUAGGAGUGGACCUCGGUCAGAAGGCUGAACAUGACCAGCAUUCCUACCCAUACCCAUACAAGGCAUGGGUCUGUCUGUUGGCAGCAGGGGGUGUGAUGAAUGUAUCAGCGGUGUAUCCUCUCAAGCUUCAUUGCAAAUGCAUGUUAAGCUCACAACAGCUGAUAACUGUUUCGGUCCGCGCCUGGUCAGACAGUAGUUUACCUCCGACUCUGGACUUUAUCUGUAAUCUGCAGCGAUGUCAGCUGAAGCUUGCCAAGAAUUCCCCUCUGAUGAGAUGUGAUGAAAGACGGCGUAAUUCAACAUCAAGGAAAGCAUUCCUCAGCUGUUUGCUGCAAGUCUGUGUCCAGGCGCAGGUGGAACAUGUUAAUCAGACGUGUUCAUAGGGAAUAAAGAGGGACAUUAUACCAGAAUCCCUUUAGACAUUAGAUCUGCAGCUGUGUAGGGUAUCCAGAUGGUCUUUUAGGCCUGUUUCAUCUCUGGUGGAAUAUGUUUGCCAACACUGCCCUCACCUGGACAGUCAAAGGAGUGUGGGGUGAAGAGUGAGCCUUAUUUAAAAGCUUAAAUUUAACUUGUUAGUAAAGUUUGUCUCAUGUUGCUCUGUGUUUCUCUCCUCAGAGAGCUGAAGUUGAGGAAUUACACCCCAGAGGAUGAAGAGCUGAAGGGGAGACAAGUACCGAAAGCCAAACCUGCAUCAGGUCUGAACCCUCCAAAAAGCUAAAAAAAAAAAUUAUAAUUUAGAUUUUUUUUUUUUAGUGCCUUGUUUUUAAGUGCUCCAGCCAUUGUAAUUUGAUUAUACUGCUUCCAGGAAAGUGCUGCACACCUCCUAUCACUUACCACUAUCUAAUAUUGUUUAUGACUUUCUUUCUUGAUUUGCAGUGGAGGAUAAAGUGAGGGACCAGUUGGAGGCAGCUAAUCCAGAGCCCAUCAUUGAGGAAGUGGUAAGUGGUCCUUCUUGUUCAAUGUGAUAACUUGUGUUGAUGAAGCAUUGGUGUCGUGAAAGUUGUCUCAUUCUUGUGUUCGUUUCCCCCAGGAUUUGGCAAACCUUGCUCCUAGAAAACCAGAUUGGUAAGACUUUAGUUUUGUUUUCGAGCAUGUGUGAUGAAUAAAAUCAUAUCUAAUUGAACAUAAUUUUUACUGACUGUAUUAUUUCAUCUGAAUUCAGGGAUCUCAAACGUGACGUGGCAAAGAAACUGGAGAAGCUGGAGAGGAGAACACAGAGAGCCAUUGCUGAGCUCAUCCGUUAGUAUUUCUCAUUUUUAUGUUUUCUCGCUGAAUGUUCAUAACACUUCAGAGACAAGCAAGUCUGAGCUGGGUGUGAAUUAUUAGGCUAAUUGCCUUGUGGUCUCCAGACUCCACCGAGGCUUGACGCCAUCUGAUAACAGCUGUGGGUGUGAUUCCUGCACUGAUGUGUGAUUCACAGGCUAAAAAUAGCUGUGAGCUUUCAAGGAGAACACAAGCCCAUUUUUACUGUUCAGAUUUUCCUUUUUUUGGAUGGGUGACAACAAGUCCUCAUAGUUUCCAUUUUCAAAUGUAAAAAGUAACUUAUUUAACAUAUUAUGGUGACAUUUAACCUUGAACUAUGAAAGCCUUAAGUGGACAUUCAUCCAAACAUUUUAUUAACAUCAUUUUCCUGUGGUAAUGUCAGUUAUUUCCCUAAAGGGAUAUUCCGGCGUAAAAUUAAUUUAGCGGUCGGCAACAUUCAUCUCUUGACGGGGUGUCUAACUUGGUGUUACGGUGUGUUUGACCCUAAAUUAAUUUUACGUCGGAAUAUCCCUUUAAUCUUUUGACUUCAUUUCAUAUGAACUUGAUCAUAUCCCCUAAAUGGGCUCGACUUAUCCCAUUAGUGUGCGCAAUGUCUGGCCUUCCUACCACGAUGACCAGCCAAUUGUUUUGUUAAAGAGGUCAGAAAAAUAUCCCAAUAUUGUGAAAUUGUACCUUUGCUAUCUUGACUUUAUAAGAAUAUAAGUCGAAGUCUGAAGGGACAGCUACUUUUGUCAGCUGUCAUCGAUCAGUUAGGGUAAACUCAGAAACAGCAUUGCAGCUACAUUUUGUUGUAAAUCAAAACACUGGAGAAGAGGGACUUUGCUUUCCUGUCAAAGGACUGUACACACUGCGUUUGCUGUCAGGACAACAGGGAUGCUUGCUUGUAGGGUCGUAUUAUUUGUCUUACUCCUUAACAAGAGUCAUGGUUGAUAUGGAGCACCUACAUGUAAAUCAGAUGACUGGAGAAUGAAUGAAUAACGCUGACUGUGAUUGUUUGUUUCUUGUGUCCAGGGGAUCGUCUGCGGGGCAAUGAGGAGGAGCUGGCUGGUGUUGUAGGAGCAGUCGGAGUGGGGGGCGGAGACUCGGACUGAAAUUGAGAUGUGACAAGUUGGAAAAGAAAGGAGACCACCGAGGGAGGGCCUCCUUAAGAGGGACUGAACUGUCACACCUGUGCAGAGCCAGUCGCUUCUGCAGGGUGCAGUGAUGUUUUCUGUUUGAUUUUUAUAUUCAUUUUGUGUCACUGUUUUACAGAGCAAGCUGUGGUACACUCUGUGUGCGUUAUUGAUAAUGUGACCAUCAAUAUGAUGUUGUAAAUUUCAUAUUUGAGUAAAAUUACUUACUUUUUCAUGUGAA